AUGGCCGAUGGGAACUUGUCAAAUCAAAUUUGCCAGUGCACUGUUGGCGUUGUAGGCAUCUGUGGUAAUGGUUUAGUGUGUGUUGUCAUCACUAAAAUCCAUUUCAUGCAUACUAUCACCAAUGCAUUCAUCUUCAAUCAAGCUGUGAUUGAUUUCUUCGGAUCGCUUUUGAUUCUACUCAGCAGUUUGAUACCCAUCCCAGACCCCAUCCCUUCUGGGGUAGGAGGGGUGCUCUUGUGCCACGUCUGGGUCUCCAAGUACUUCAUUUGGGCUAUUUUCACCACAUCUACCUUCAACCUAGUGGCUUUGACUCUUGAGAGAUACCUAGCAAUAGUGUUUCCUUUCAAAUAUCCAACUCUAGCCACUCGUCGAAAUGUUACCAUAGCUCUACUCUGCGUCUGGGUGUCAGCAUUCCUAUUCGUGACAUACAACAUCUUUCUCCGGAAUCUCGACAAUGGGAAAUGUUUGCAGAGGUCGGUCAAGCAUCCCAAGAUACUUGGUGUUGCGACUGUCAGUGUCAUCUACAUGGUACCUGUUAUUGUAAUGCUGAUUGUCUAUGUUCACAUCUCCGUAGUCUUGACGAAGGGAGCGGAGAGAGUUGGACCUGCACCGUCUGCCGCUGCGAUCUCAGGCGGGGGUGGAGCUGUCGACAACCAGAGGGAAUCCUUGAUGCGAGCCCGACGUAACACCUUCAAGACACUCCUGAUCGUCUUCAUUUCCUUCACUGUCUGCUGGACGCCCAACUGCAUCAUCUUUACACUUUUUUCUCUUGGAUAUGAGGUUGAUUUCUCAUCUACUAUUUAUCUUAUAACAGUAGCAAUGGUGUCUUUGAAUAGUUGCGUUAACCCUUUCAUUUAUGCCAUCAAGUACAAGCAAUUCAGAAAGGCGCUUAAGAUCAUGUUUGGCAGACCGAAUCAGUCAGAUGAAAGCAGUUAUUAA